GGCGCGCUGGCUGAUCCCCCUCCUUGCUCCCAGCAGCCCGCGCGGUUCCGUACGGCAACAUGGCGGCUGCUACAGCGGGGUUGGUGCAGUACGUGGUGCUUCGCGGGGACCUGGCGCGGCCUCCCCGCUCGUGGCCGCUCGGUGCUGUGGUGGCUCAGGGCUGUCACGCCGCUCUGGCCGCUAUUCACGGUUACCGGGAGCAUCCCGACACCGGCGCGUACCUGGAGCAGGGCGACGCCAUGAGAACCGUGGUGCUGGAGGCUCCAGAUGAAAAUUCCCUGCUGAAUUUAGCAGAGAUAUUGAAGAAUAAAGGUGUCGAUCACUGGCUGUGGAUGGAAAAUCCCGAUGGAAUUCCCACGUGUUUGGCUCUCCGACCUUAUCCCAAAAAUCAGGUGCAGCCACACCUCAAAAAAUUCAAGCUCCUCAAGUAGAAAAAAAAGAAAAAAAAUUGAA